UUGAUUAUUACUAUAACGAUGCCACACUGCGGACCGCGCCCCAAAAAAACCGUGAAUGCAUUCUUAAUGUGGAUAAAUUCCGCCGGGCGCAAUUACAUAAGAGCGAUGCAUCCCGGGAUCAGUCCCCAGGAAGUGUUAAUGAAGGGCAGUGAGAUGUGGGGAGCCAUGGUCGAUGAGGAGAAGGUCGUGUGGCAGGAGACGGCACGAACGGCAAUGGCCGAUUACAAGAAGAAAUUGGAGAAGUGAAAUACACACAAAGAGCAGU